AUGCUAAUAUUAAUCUUGACCUCGUUGUCAUAUGCUCAACACAUUAUCUUUUAAGAUGAUUUUAAUGGUGGUGAAAUUAGCACAACCUUAUGGGAAAAAUAUGAUGUUGCAAAAACAGUUCCCUGUCCUGGAACAACAAAUGACUAUUGUGUUAAUAUUGCCAAGUAGUCUAUAGGAGGUGGACUACAAACUAUGCCUUUUGAGAUUGAGAUGGAAUAGGAUGUAACAAUAGAAUUUAAAUAUUUAACAAAAUCUACACCUAAUAGAGGUGUUCGUUCAGGAUUAUUUGUUGGUUAUACAGAUAAUACUGAUGAUAAGAAAAGUGGAUAUUGUUGGUUCGCUUCAGGAUACUCGUAUUACAGCGACUUUUUUAAUUAAACAUCUUAAAAAACUGAUCCUGCCUACUUAUGCCCUAAUGAUGAAUCUGUAUUGAUAUAAGACCUACUUAAUGAUUGGAAAACAGUAAUUUUAAAUAUAAAUAUUUAUAGAUUAAAUAUACAAUUCCAUCUUCAACUUUAAAAACUAAGAAUUAAUCUUUAAUGUCUUUGGUAUUUUAAGAUUUUGUGACUGAAAAUCCAGAAGGAGCAUAUUAUAUUACUAAAAUACUUGUUUAUUACAAUAAGAAUUGUACAGCCUAAUGUGAUAAAUGCACAUCUUUUUAUGAUUGCACAAGUUGUUCAGAACCUUAUAGAUGGCUUGAAGGUACAUGUUAUAAAAAGGAUUGUGGGGAUAGUUUAGAGCAAUCAAUACCUUAUGAUAAAGAUUCCUUGGUAGAAAGUGCUACAGCAACUUCUUAUUCAGCUACAAUUAAAAUACCUGAUUAUGAUUUUCAAGGAUGUUGGCCAGCUUAAUGGGUAACAUUAGAUAUGAAUGAUGGCAAAUUUACAGAAUUAAAAUUCUUCCAUGAAUCAGCAUCCACAGCCAGAUUAAUCUUAGAUUAAUUUAAUAUGACAACUGCUAACUGUAAAUAAGGUGAAAAUACUAAUAUCUAUACAUGCUCUUUCCACUUUAAUGUACAUUUUAAUGAACAAAUUAUGUAUGAAAGAAACUGGACUGCUACAAUUGAUUAUUCUUAAUCAAGUAUAACAAGUUUGUAAGUACCACCUAAAACUAUCAAUCCACCUGCAUUAGCUAUUCCUAUUACAUCACAACUUGAUUAUUGUGAAAAUGCAAAUGAUUGCUAAUGGACAACGGAAAAAAUAACUUUAGUCCUUAAUCAAAGAUUUAAGGUUAGGUUGACAAUUUUAGAUUAAAAUCUUAAGAAUUGGAAAUUAGAAUAAGGUUAUGUAAAAUUAUAGGGAAAAGGAACUCUAGUCAAUUUACCUAUUUUGGAAACAGUUGUAGGUGAAGGUUAAAUAAUAUACACUGUUAGACUGGGAGUAGCUGGAGAAAAAGGUAAUGGUUUUGCUGUUACGGCUAAAAUUAUAAAUCCUAAUGGAGCUACUAGUAGAAGGAGAAGAGUUCUUGAUGAAGAUAAUACUCCUAAAUUGGCAGUGGGUAAUUUAAGUGGUACUUAGAUUACAUUUAAAUCCCGAAAAUUAAUCAUAGAAGACGAUCCUGAGUUUUCUUAAUUAAUAAUGAUACCAUUAUUACUUUUUGCAAUAUUUGGAUUUUGAAA